AUGGCAUUUUACCAGCUGUCUAAUGAUGGAAUUGAGAAAUGUGUUGUUUCAAACCUCAAUGUUAUUCUCUCUUUGUACAAUUUUAAGAGUGGACGUCUGCACACUUUGAUUACCAAUGCAUUCAGUCACGUACAUUCCUGGCAUCUUGUUUCCAAUAUGAUUGGACUCUACUUCUUUGGAAUGAAUGUUGCAAGAAAUUUUGGACCUGAAUUUCUGCUGAAGCUGUAUCUUGCAGGGGCAGUUGGUGGCUCUGUUCUUUACUUAUUGCAUCAGGCCUAUAAAGCACAAACAUCAAAGGAUAGGAGAGGCAUACUUACGACAUUGGAAUUGGCAAUGGGGGCAAGUGGAGCUGUGAAUGCUGUCAUGCUACUUGACAUAUUUCUCUUUCCAAAAGCAACCCUUUACCUUAAUUUUUUUAUACCAGUUCCUGCUGUCUUGCUGGGUGUCUUUUUGAUUGGGAAAGAUAUGCUCAGGAUAUUAGAGGGGGACAGGGAAGUAUCAGGAUCUGCACAUUUGGGGGGUGCUGCUGUUGCAGCCAUAGCUUGGGCAGCUGUUCGGAAAGGAAGAUUCUAA